AUGGGAAAGGAUUUCAAUAUUUCCAAAUAGCUCAUUUAUACUUUGAUUUCAACUGCUGUUAUUGGAGAAAUAGCCUCAAUUAUUAGAUUCUGUUACAUUUCCAAAAGUUACCAUGUUAUUGGAACAUCCAAAAGUAACUUAAAUUAAUUCUAAAUAGGUUGGUUUGGCAUAAUGAAGGAUACAUCAGAUUAUUAAUGGAAUGCUUAUCAGUAGAAUCUAUGGACAAUAAUGCUUUUUUAAUUUUUUUGCCUGUUAGGAUCAUUUAUAAUUAAAAAAAUCUCAAAUAAUCAAACUUAACUUAAAAAUUUAUAAUACUUUAACAUCAUAAUAGGUAUGAUGUUCAGCUUCGUUGCAAUGAGUUUUGGAGUUAUCUUUUAGUUUGUAGUUUUAAUGAUAUUCUACAUUUUACAAAAAGUACUGUAAUCACUAUACUUAGUAUUUAAUCAAUUUUAAAUAUUUUGUUUUAUCCUUGUGGACAUUUGUUAUGGUUUUUCUGUAUCUUAAUGAAAUACUUGAUGGAUUUAAUUUCAAAAUGGUUUCUAAUCACUUAGAAAUACUUGAUCAAAUUUAAAAAGAACAACAGCAAAUUUAAUGGCAUCGACUCUUUAAUUUGGUGUUAUUAAGAAUUAUUAGUUUUUCUUUAGAUCAUUAUUGGGCAGUGUAAGAAAUUGAAAAGUAUGAUAUAUUUUAAUUAAAAGAAACUAAAUAAAACACAUAUCAGCUCUAAAUUCUGAAUAAAAUUAUCAAGAUUUAGUAAAAUAAAGACAAGAACUUCCAGAAUAUAAUUUAUUUGCAUAUCUUGCAUAUAUUUAUUAUGCUCCAUUGUUUAUAACAGGACCAACAGUUACAUUUAAUGCAUUUAAUGCAUAAUUAAAACAGAAAUAAUAAGCGAAUAAAAAUAUUAAAGAUGUAAUAAUAUAUGUGCUUCGUGUAUAUAUAUUGAAUUUGUUAACAUUUGAGAUAUUUUUGCACAUAUGUUAUCCAAAUGCAAUUUCAAAUUUAAAAGAGAAUAACCAUAUUUGGUAAUCAUUGUCCUUUUAUGACUUUCAUGUUAUGUCAUUUGUUAAUUUAAUAUUUAUUUGGUAUAAAUUUAUGAUAAUUUGGCGUAUAUCUCGAGCAUGGGCAUUAAUCGAUGGUAUUGAAUAUUAAUAAUUAUAAUAUAGGGAUUGAUGUGCCAGAGAAUAUGAAUAGAUGUAUCUAUAACAAUUAUAAUUUCAGUGGAUUUUGGAGAUCAUGGCACAGGAGCUUUAAUUAAUGGUUGAUUCGAUACUUAUAUAUACCUUUAGGUGGUUCAAAAUAUAAAGCAUUAAACAUUUGGAUAGUAUUUUUGUUUGUUGCUUUUUGGCAUGAUUUCAAAGCUGAUUUAUUUUUUUGGGCUUUAUUGAUUUGUUUAGCACUCUUACCAGAAAUGGCGGCUAUGUAUUUCUUUAAUAAAGAAAAAUAUUAUGAUUAUUGGUGGUUCAAAUAUGUAGUUGCUGUUGCAGCAGGAUUCUAAAUUGAAGUGAUGAGUCUUGCAAACUUUAUUGGAUUUGGGUAGGGGAAAGAUUGCCUGAAUCAUAUUUAUGAAAAAUAUUUUAAUUUAGAUUGUAUGAUAAUUUUUAUCUUGGUGGCCAUUUUUAGAAACGGAAGUGGGGUUAUUUUAGGAUUGUAUGUUCGACAAAAAGAGGAAAGAACAAAGAAAAUUAAGAAAUAUUGAAUGGAUG